AUGCGUCUCGACAGCAAGUGGUCCGCUCUUCUCCCGAUCAUUCGGGAUAUCUGCAGCAUCUCGGGUAUCCCAGGCGUGUCGCUGGGCAUCGUGGAGAAUAACAAAACCGUGUACACCGCUUCACUGGGUUACGCCGACAUCGAGAGCAAAACCCCUUGCGACAGCGACACAACUUUUGUGCUGGGGUCUCUCAGCAAAAGCAUGACAGCUGCUUUAGUAGCCUCUCUUCAUGACGACGGUACCAUUCCCUCGUGGGAUGCUCCAUUGAAGACGUUGCUGCCAGAAUUUCAUCGUGAAGACAUCUACGGCGAAAUUGCCCUCGCCGAUCUGCUUACACACCGUACUGGCCUAGCAUCUCUUGACUCUCUCUGGCUCGCCUCUAACAAUGUUCCUUAUCUGGCACGGUCGGAGGCCGUUCGAAUCCUCAAUUACGCCCCGUGUAUCCAGCCAUUUCGAACCCAGUUCAUUUACAACAAUUUCGGCUACGAGGUCCUCGGCCAGGUGAUCGAAAAGGCUUCUGGUGAGACAUUUGCGGAGGUUCUGCGGCGUCGCCUUCUGAGCCCGCUCGGCUUGUAUCGAACAUACUACACAGGUGAGAGCCGCGAAAAUGAAGCGAAGCCCUAUGCUGCGCUGGAGGACGGGUCUAUUGUCCCUAUUGCACCGCCACUGCAUGGGGAGAAUGUGUUGAUGGGGCCAGCCGGGGGUGUUCGAAGCUCUGUCAAUGAUUUAUUGACCCUCUAUAAAGCCUUCAUGGGUGCUGCUCUUCAUGAGAUUAUCCACCCAGACACGGGCUCACCGGAUCAGCCCAAGUCCACCAUUCGAGUUGGAACAGGUGCACCGUCGCAGCUGGCCUUGUAUCACGGGGGCGUUAUCCCUGGGUUCAAUACUUACAAUGUCUUGCUUCCUGAAACUGGCAGUGCAGUUGUUGUGCUCACCAAUUCUCAGUCUUUAAACGGUGGAGUGCGGUGGAUUGGCGAGCUCCUUGUCGAAGCCCUUCUGAACAACUCCCAUAAUGCGCCUGACUAUUCCAUUCUGGCAAAACAAUCGGCUGAGAUCGCGUUACAACAGGUAAAAGAUAUCAAUAAGAGUCUAGCUGCGGGCCGAACUAUUGAGACUCCUUCCAGGCCACUAGAAGAUUACGUCGGAAAAUACUUCAACGGAGCUGGAAAUUUUUUUAUUGAAAUAGGAUAUAGCAGAGACAAGACCAGUCUUCAGGUUGCGUAUAUGGGCCGAAAGGCCGAUACAUUCGCACUUCUUCCAUACCAAGAAGACAGUUUCUAUUGGACCUUGACGCAUGAUGAGUCUGCAAAGCUUGCCCGAGAGCCUAUUUUCCCGAUGGAGUAUUACGUUAUUAAGUUUGGAUCUGAUGCGAAUGGAACGAGCGUCCCUUGCCUUUGGUGGCAGCAUCAAUCUGGCCUGCCAGAACCUGGGGAGCUAUUCAAGAAGACGGAGACAGAGUUUGAACUCACCCGGACAGAACUAUGA